CCCGGUCCCCGCCGCGGCCGCCGCAUCCUCCGCGCCGGCCCGGAGCCGGAGUCCCCCGCGCCCCCUGCGCUCGGCCGGGACAUGGCUGCGGUGGCGCUGAUGCCGCCGCUGCUGCUGCUGCUGCUGCUGGCAUCGUCGCCCGCUGCCUCCGCGCCGCCCGCCCGAGACCCCUUCGCCCCGCAGCUCGGGGACACGCAGAAUUGCCAGCUGCGGUGCCGCGACCGCGACUUCGGCCCGCGGCCCUCGCAGGCAGAGCCUGAGGGCCCCUCCGAGUCUCCCUGUGACAGGGCGGUUCUGAUCAGCGCCUGUGAGCGAGGCUGCCGCCUCUUCUCCAUCUGCCGGUUUGUAGCCAGGAGCUCCAAGCCCAACGCCACCCAGACAGAGUGUGAAGCAGCCUGCGUGGAAGCCUACGUGAAGGACGCGGAGCAGCAGGCCUGCAGCCGCGGCUGCUGGAGCCAGCCCCCGGAGCCGGCGCCUGCGCUGGAGCGGAAGAGAAAGGUCCUGGAAGCUCCGAGUGGGGCCCUCUCCCUCCUGGACUUGUUUUCCACUCUCUGCAAUGACCUUGUCAACUCAGCCCAGGGCUUCGUGUCCUCUACCUGGACGUACUACUUGCAGACUGACAAUGGGAAGGUGGUGGUGUUCCAGACCCAGCCCGUGGUAGAGAGCCUUGGGUUCCAGGGGGGCCGUCUGCAGCGAGUGGAGGUGACCUGGCGGGGAUCCCGCCCUGAGGCCUUGGAGGUGCAUGUGGACCCCGUAGGCCCUUUGGAUAAGGUGAGGAAGGCCAAGAUCCGAGUCAAGACCAGCAGCAAGGCCAAAGUGGAGUCCGAAGAGCCUCAGGACAACGACUUCCUCAGCUGCAUGUCUCGGCGCUCGGGGCUGCCCCGCUGGAUCCUGGCCUGCUGCCUCUUCCUGUCCGUGCUGGUCAUGCUCUGGCUAAGCUGCUCCACCCUGGUGACCGCGCCGGGCCAGCACCUCAAGUUCCAGCCACUGACCCUGGAGCAGCACAAGGGCUUCAUGAUCGAGCCGGACUGGCCCCUGUACCCUCCGCCGUCACACGCCUGGGAAGACAGCCCGCCACCCUGCAAGCUGAAGCUGGACCUGACCAGGCUGUAG